UUGCUAGCAGUUCGGUCUUCGAUCAUGUGAAAGGCUGGUAUACACAUCAAAAUGAAUUCAAUACUCUCAUCCUGUGCUAUGAGGAAAUAAUGCAGGAUCCUAGAGGUACAGUACUUCAAAUAUGCAAAUUUAUUGGAAAAGAGCUGAGCAGCCAGGAAGUAGACAAAGUUGUGGAGAUGUCUACAUUAAAGAACAUGAAAGCUGAUCCUAGGGCAAAUUUUGUGAAAACAUAUGAAGAAUGGUUUGGAAUAACAAACAUAAAACAUAUACGCAAAGGAACUGUUGGAGACUGGAAGAAUAUUAUGACAGUAUCACAAAAUGAAUGGUUUGACAAAAUGCUUCAGGCACAAAUGAAGGAUAUACCACUCAAAUUCAUCUGGGAUCUAAAGGACAUACAAUCUACUCAGAAUGGGUAG